AUGGAUCAGAGGAUAGGCGAAGGUAACGACAUUAUUAGAGCAGAACUAGAUAAUCUUGAUAACACGAAUUCCAGCGUAGGGAGCUCGUUGUCGUCUUCGUUGUUUUUACCAAGUGGUAAGAAUUCUGAUGCAGGUGCCGAGGAAUUGCCGCUUUCUUUUGUUGCGCGAGCAGAGCGGCAGCUACAGAGAAACAUCACACUCGCCCAUGACGGAUCCUGCGCCGUCUUUACGAAGGAGGAUAUCGAAAGAAUUCACGAUUCCGAGGUGUUGAAGUUUUUGAGUCGAAAUGCUCCAUUGUUCUCAAGGUACAUGCACCAUCAGCCUGCUAGUUCGGUCCCUGAUAAUUCAUCAGCUGAGACUACUCUCCUUCCUACUCGCGCGGAGGCGGUGGAGGCUCAAAUCCUAAGACUCCAGCAGGAUAUAGAAACGUUUAUUACUGCAGUUGAUGAAGAAGGUACGAAAUAUCAUAUUGUCACCAAUGAGCAAGGUAACCUAGUUGUUCCCCUAGAGGAAAUUGGCGUUACCAAGGAUGAGGAGGAUAACAGGGAUGAGGAGGCUGAUGUAGAUGAAAAUAUGAGUUUUAGUAAGUCCCUAGGGAUUGCGCGAAGUGCUACUUCUGGUGAGUGUGAAGCACCCCAAGGAGAUUUCCAUCAACAGGAACUCGUCCCCGCAGUAGCGGAUGCAGUUUCACCUUUUAAAAAAGGUCUCUACACAAAUAAGUCGCGGUUCAUGGAUUUAGACUGUGUUGGGGGCAAACCAAAACAGGUUUUGAGCACCGUUUCGCCAACGACAUCGACUACUGAUGGUGCGAAGGGGUUGCGGGUUCCGCGCCGUCGUGCGGGGCGAUGGGAGGGUACAAAGUUUUCACGGAACCACGCUGAGGUUACGAAGCUGGGCAACGGCGUUCGUCCGCUCCGGGCGUUGCAGGCAUGGGAGGAAGCACGUGUGGCGGACCUUCUUAAAGAGGAUUUCUCUUCAGCUCCCUUUGGCAGGGGUGGCAACGUCGGCUCUAGUAAUCCAUUUCAUUUUUCAAGUGCCACUUCAACACGUCUUGCCGAGAUUGACAACUCGCUUGAGAUCUUUAGUAAGUUGCGUGCACCUCUAUGUAGUACAACAAGUGUUUCUGUGACUGAGCCUGCGCUGCUUGAUUCGAGUGAGGAUGACCAAAGUUCAAUUCGUGCAGGGAGGUUCGCUGUGUUUGAGCGAAAUAGUAACCGCGCCGGACCCCAUACGUCAGAGCUGGGGAAUGCUUACAUGCGCACUGCGAUCCAGCAGCAGUUACUGCGUCGACAGUUGCGGAACGUUAAUAAACGCCUUGCUUGCAAUCGGAGACACAUGGAGAAGCUGCCCAGAACUUCUGACAUACAGGAAAACUUGCUAGGGGAUAUGCAAGAGCUAAGACCGGAAUGGGCCAAGGAUCUAGACGUGAGACUGCCUGAGGAUAAGCUACAGCAAAUGAUAGCAGAGGCACGUGAUGAGGCAACACGAGCAGCCCAAUCUGGGUUACCAGUAGUAGAGUCGCGAGAGCCUCCGCUCCCAUAUUUUCAACAACAUCUUAGAGAUGUUAAGGAGCGGGCACUGCGUCUCUUGGAGGAGAUAGAGCAGAAUUCGCUCUUUGACUUUCCAACAACUACCCUCUCGGACUAA